CCUUGAAACAAGACGUCAUAUGUAAGCGACGACGGCGACAGGGUAGCUGCUAGAGGACUUGCAGAAAUUAUAAAACACAUAAAUUCAGUAAACGCAAAGAUGUCUACCGCUAUGAAUUUCGGAAGUAAAUCGUUCAAGCCCCGGGCUCCUGAUAAAGGCUCCUUCCCUCUGGAUCACUUCGGAGAGUGCAAAGCCUUCAAGGAGAAGUUCAUGAAGUGCCUGAGGGACAACAGCAUGGACAACUCCAAGUGCCGGCUGCAGUCCAAGGACUACCUGCAGUGCCGCAUGGACAAUCAGCUGAUGGCCAAGGAGCCUCUGGAGAAACUGGGCUUCAAGGACCUGAUGGACGCUCCUCCCAGCCAGGACACCAAACCAUGAAGUGCGUCGGCUGCAGAAAAUGUUUCCAGCAUGAUGCAGUGAUGUUGCUGCUCUCUGGUUGAAAACACUCAGCAGUUUGUGGAGGAACAGCGUGGAAAACUAAAGUCCCAGCAAGGCCAAAGGCGCUCAGUCGCUGCUCUGAGUGUCAAACGGAGAGAAACUGCUUCAGGGUUUUUUCUUGGUCCCGCACAUUCAAAUGAGCUGCGAAAGGAUCUUUGAAAACCUCUCACCUGGAGGUUUUCCACCACAUCUGACUUCACCACCUGUUUCCUCUCGGUGGAAAAAGGUGCAUUUCUUUUAAAAGCAGAACCCAAAGUGGACAUUUUCUCACCAGGUUCAGUUUGACCUUUGACCUUGUUGUAUGAAUGUCUUGUGUACAUAAAAUAUAAAUAUACUAUAAUAUAUAGAAGUGCUGUUCUGGCCAGUCAAUAAAUAUUUUAUAAUGAAGCUGUGUGUGUAGAUUUUGUCGGUCUCAGAUGUGAGAUCAAGGCAGAACAUGCACGUGUUGUUUUUUUUAUAUAUAUAUAUAAUGAACUAAAAACAU